UCCAGGAGGAAGUGCACAAUGUUUUGAGAUGUAGCGUAGGGUACAGAUCUAGGAGUGGACCGCUGUCAGAAAUGAUGACACAAAACUCAGGCAUUCAUACCUUCCAUCGUUUGAAGAAGCAGAGGACCAAUUCAGUCAGACGUCUAUAAAGCUUCAAAGACUACUAAUAUUAACUUCGUGAGGCUGGCUAGUCAUUGAGCCUUAGCUAUUGUUCACUUGUUAACAACGAUUGCAAAGUACUUUAGUAUGGUUACUGACUCUGGUUGUUCCAAUAAUAUGCAUUUAGUAUGCAUCGGUUAGUCUAAUUUCCAAUGUGUGAAUGUAUGUAACGUUAGCCAAUAUCGAGCACGGAAGACUCGCAUAAAAGACGGUAACAUUAGUUGCCGACAUAACCUGCUUACCUAUGCAAUAAACCCCGAUUUCUGAAAGCUUCGACCUGCAGGAUGAACAGGAAGAAAGACAAGGGUUUCGAGAGUCCUCGACCAUACAAAUUAACCCAUCAGGUGGUAUGCAUAAACAACAUCAAUUUCCAGAGGAAGUCAGUUAUUGGAUAUGUGGAGCUGACUAUCUUCCCCACGGUUGUGAAUUUAAACCGCAUCAAACUCAACAGCAAGCAGUGUCGCAUAUACAGAGUACGGGUCAAUGACUUGGAGUCUCCAUUCAUUUACAAUGACCCCACCUUAGAAGUCUGUCAUCAUGAAUCAAAGCAGAGGAACCUCAACUACUUCUCCAGUGCCUACACGGCUGCGGUCAGUGCGGUGGACCCAGAUGCUGGGAAUGGGGAGCUCUGCAUCAAGGUCCCGUCCGAGCUCUGGAAGCAAGGAGACGAGAUGAAGGUGUUGAAAGUGUACAUUGAGUUCUCGCUGGACCAGCCCAAGGGAGGCCUGCACUUUGUUGUGCCUGACGUGGAGGGCAGCAUGGCAGAGCGGGGAGCCCACGUCUUCUCCUUCGGCUACCAGAACUCCACACGGUUCUGGUUCCCGUGCGUGGACUCGUACUCGGAGCUGUGCACGUGGAAGCUGGAGUUCACAGUGGACGCCUCCAUGGUCGCCGUGUCCUGCGGAGACCUGCUGGAGACCGUCUACACCCACGACAUGCGCAAGAAGACCUACCAUUACAUGCUGCCCAUCCCCACAGCGGCCCCCAACAUCUCCCUGGCUGUUGGACCAUUUGAGAUUCUGGUGGACCCAUACAUGCAUGAGGUGACCCACUUCUGCCUGCCUCAGCUGCUUCCCCUGCUCAAGCACACCAUGUCCUACCUCCACGAGAUCUUUGAGUUCUACGAGGAGAUCCUCACCUGCCGCUACCCCUACUCCUGCUUCAAGACUGUCUUUGUGGACGAGGCCUAUGUGCAGGUGUCCUCCUACGCGUCCAUGAGCAUCUUCAGUACGAAUCUCCUGCACAGUGCCAUGAUUAUCGACCAGACCCCCCUGACGCGCCGCUGCUUGGCCCAGGCUCUGGCCCAGCAGUUCUUUGGCUGUUUCAUCUCGCGCAUGUCCUGGGCCGAUGAGUGGGUUCUGAAGGGGAUUUCUGGCUACAUCUACGGGCUGUACCUGAAGAAGACCUUUGGUGUGAACGAGUACCGCCACUGGAUUAAGGAGGAGUUGGACAGGAUCGUGGACUAUGAGCUUAAGAUGGGGGGAGUUCUGCUGCACCCCACCUUUGGAGGAGGGAAAGAGAAGGACAACCCGACGCCUCACCUGCACUUCUCCAUCAAGCACCCGCACACGCUGUCCUGGAAGUACUACAAGAUGUUCCAGUGCAAAGCCCACCUGGUCAUGCGGCUGAUCGAGAACCGGAUCAGCAUGGAGUUCAUGCUUCAGGUCUUCAACAAACUGCUGAGCUUAGCCAGCACCGCCUCGUCCCAGAAGUACCAGUCUCACAUGUGGAGCCAGAUGCUGGUGUCGACCUCCAGCUUCCUCAAGUCCAUCUCCAACGUGUCUGGCAAGGACAUCGGUCCUCUCAUCAAGCAAUGGGUAGACCAGAGCGGGGUGGUGAAGUUCUUUGGGAGCUUCGCCUUCAACAGGAAGAGGAAUGUGCUGGAGCUGGAAAUUCGCCAGGAUUACACCUCGUCCGGCACACAGAAAUACGUGGGCCCCAUCAAAGUGACGGUGCAGGAACUGGAUGGCUCCUUCAACCACACCCUGCAGAUAGAGGAGAACAGUCUGAAGCAUGACAUACCGUGCCACUCCAAGAGCCGAAGAAACAAGAAGAAGAAGAUUCCUCUGAUGAACGGAGAGGAAGUGGACAUGGACCUCUCAGCCAUGGAACCCGUGAGCAGUAGUGGAAAGGACAGGGCCAGCUGCAGCUAUCUGGAGCUAGGCGCCGACUCGCCGUUGCUGUGGAUCCGGAUCGACCCGGACAUGUCCAUCCUGCGGAAGGUGGAGUUCGAGCAGGCCGACUUCAUGUGGCAGUACCAGCUGCGGUACGAGCGCGACGUGGUGGCCCAGGAGGAGUCCAUCCUGGCCCUGGAGAAGUUCCCCACGCCGGCCUCGCGCCUCGCCCUCACCGACAUCCUGGAGCAGGAGCAGUGCUUCUACAAAGUGCGCAUGCAGGCCUGCUUCUGCCUGGCCAAGAUUGCCAACUCCAUGAUGAGCACGUGGACUGGACCACCUGCCAUGAAAUCCCUCUUCACCCGCAUGUUCUGCUGCAAGAGCUGCCCAAACAUCGUCAAGACCAACAGCUUCAUCAGCUUCCAGAGCUACUUCUUGCAAAAGACCAUGCCAGUUUCCAUGGCUUUGUUGAGAGAUGUGCAGAAUUUAUGCCCUAAAGAAGUUCUGAACUUCAUCCUGGACCUCAUCAAGUACAACGAUAACAGGAAGAAUAAGUUCUCUGAUAACUACUACAGGGCGGAGUUGAUUGACGCCCUCACCAACUCCCUGACUCCUGCCAUCAGCAUUAACAACGAGGUCCGCACGAUGGACAACCUCAACCCAGACGUGCGUCUCAUCCUGGAGGAGAUCACCCGCUACCUCAACAUGGAGAAACUGCUACCCAGCUACAGGAACACAAUCACCGUUAGUUGUCUGCGAGCCAUUCGCACGUUGCAGAAGAAUGGCCACAUUCCCAGUGACUCCAGCCUCUUCAAGGCCUACGCAGAGUUCGGCCAUUUUGUUGAUGUCCGCAUCGCUGCACUGGAAGCUCUUGUGGAUUACACUCGAGUUGACAGAAGCUCAGAGGAACUCCAGUGGCUGCUGACCAUGGUCCAGAAUGACCCCACACAUUAUGUCAAACAUAAGAUCCUAAGCAUGCUUGGUAAGAACCCACCGUUUACCAAAGCGACUGAGUCUGCACUCUGCAACGAGGCGCUUGUGGACCAGCUGUGGAAGCUCAUGAACUCAGGCACCUCUCACGACUGGCGGCUGCGCUGCGACGCGAUGAACCUGUACUACACGCUGUUCGGCCUGACGCGGCCCUCCUGCCUGCCCCUGCCGGAGCUGGGCCUGGUGCUCAACCUGAAGGAGAAGAAGGCCCUGCUCAACCCCACCAUCAAGCCCGAGCAGGCGGUGCCCGCCCCCGAGCUGCCCCCCUCCAUCUCCUCCAUGGCCUUCUCAGUCAGUAUCAAGGCGGAGGAAGAGCAUCUGGUCAUCGAUGCUCCACCCAUCCCGGUCCCUCCACCCAGCCAGGCCCUGAAGAGGAAGCUGGACACGCCCCUGGGGUCUCCGCCAGAGCCGGGGCAGGUGCUGCAGGACGAGCUGAGCGCUAAGAUCCCCAUGAAGGGCAGGUUUCCCACCCAAGAGGAGGAGGAUAUCGACAUGGAGACAGUUCAUGAUAGUCAGGCUUUCAUCUAUCAUCACCUGAACAUGCUGGAAAGACCAUCUACACCAGGAAAAGAGCCUCCGUCGGUGGAGCAGAGCCUGCUCUCCAUGCCCGCCACGCCCAUGCCCAUGCCCAUGCCCGUGUUCAGCAAGGAGAGCAGCUCGUCGUCCAAGCACGGCGGCGGCAGUGGCGGCGGCGAGCACCACCACCACCACCACCACCACCACGAGCACAAGAAGAAGAAGAAGAAGCACAAGCACAAGCACAAGCACAAGCACAAGCACGACAGCAAGGACAAGGAGCGCGACGCGCACGCCUUCAGCAACAGCCCGGCCAGCGGACGCUCCCUCCGCUCGCCCUCCCUCUCCGACUGACGAGAGCCGCCGGCCCCAAGCCUGGGGGGUGCGGAGGUGGAGUGGGAGGUGGAGGGGUGGAGAGGGGGAGGGAGGGGAAUGGAGAGAGAGAGAGAGAGGCGGGUGUUGCUGUGGCGACCACAGCCCAGGAGCUCCACAAAAGAGGCACUUUCUCCGUCCGUCGUGCGCGGACUCUGGCGGGUGAAAGAUGCACUUCAUGUGUGUUCCUGAUGUCAUCGCUGACCACAAAGAGGCAGUGCUCCUCGGCCAAGUUCUGGCCCUGCUUCUACACCCCCCCCCCCCUCCCCUCCCCAACCGCCUGCUCCCCCUCUCCCAGCCACCUAUCAUGCCACACCACUCAGCCUGCACACAUCCUCUCCUGCUCUCUCUCUCUCCCUCUCUCUCCCUCUCUCCUGCUCUCUCUCUCCUGCUCUCUCUCUCUCCCUCUCUCCUGCUCUCUCUCUCUCUCUCCCCCUCUCCCUCACACACACUCACACACACACACACACACACACACACACACACACACAGAAAGAGAGAAGGGUGAUAAAUAAUGACAUUCUGUACGCGAUUUUUUACAAAGGAACUUUUCAAUUGGUGGCUUCUUCAGGUUUUUGGCUGCCGCAGACCUUUCCACACACAUUUUUUUAUAUGGCCCUGUAUAUGAUGGAGAGUUUACCUAAGAAGGGGACUCCCAAACCCCCACACAGUGUACCCUCAGUUCAGCCCACCGACUCCAACCGGAGAGGGAAGUGGAGAUUUAGCAACAUAACAAGCCUGGAUAUUGGGGUGAAGGUUCAGCCUUCAUCUCUCCUAUGUAGGUGUUUUACAAACUGUCACUUGUUGAGUGUGCUUCAGAUUUCCCCCUUUGAACUUUAUAUCUCGGACUGGAUACUAGAUUUUAAAAUGUUACACCAUCAUUCUUUUAUACUUCAGGUAGACCCGCCAGUUUCUUAUACAUUCUCGUGUUUCUACAUAAACCAAGUGUUAGUGUCUCUGUUCGAUACUUUAUUUUGGUUUUGUUUUGUGGUUGUCGUCUUUUUUUAUUUUUAAUUUUCAUUUAAUUGUCCUAGUUGUAGUCAUUUUAAUCAUACACUUUAAAUAAAGUUUCUUGAGUUCAUCAUUGCAUGAACAAAACUGA